AUUUUCAAAAAAACUAGGCCUUGAAACCAGACUGUACUAUUACUUAAUCAAGAUCAUUUUGCAAAUUGGAAUACGAACAAGAACCCAAUAUCUUAGCCUUAAUUGUCAAGAUAAACCAACGUUUUAUAACCCUUUUGAUCUGACAAAUCUUAAAUUAGGAAAAUGCAUUUUUUGGAUUAUAAAAUUUAUAGUAUGUUAUGUAUCUAUUUUUAAAACAAAAGUCCUGAAAUUUUAAAAAUAUAGAAAUAAUGUAUGCCACGGCAGUGAUGUUUGUUUUAACUGGAGCAGGCUGUUUUAUGCUCGGUGCCAUUGCACAGCAAAAUAUAUCGUACAGGAGAAUUAGGGCUAUCAUGCUUGCCGAUCCAUAUGUUUUCAAAUGCCGGCAAAACAUAUUUAAGGCGUUAGGAUUCCUUGGAAAACCAAGCGAGGAACCCAAUAUCACGACUGUUCAUUCAACGGAGACAGUGGAGCAAGAAGAAGGUGACAAGACUCUACCAAUUAAAUCUAAAUCGCAAGCAGAUACAUCCAUAUUUACGAAAAUCGGAUUGUGGAGUCGCAUGCAGGCUAACAAAAUGGUCCAUUUAAUGCCCCUGCCCAUCGGGCCAGCUUAUGAUUCAGCUCUUGAAACUGAGCACGUAGAGGGUAUCAUGAAGUAUGGCUUCCCGGGAAUGGACGAAAUACAUGUGUAUAAGAAUUUUGUACUCUCCUACGAUCGCCGAAAUCGGAUUCCGCAUUGGGUGUGUGAGCACAUCAAGAAUGACUGUUUUACGAGUAUAGACCAAAGGACUGUUUUCAAGCCGAAUGAAUAUAUUACGGACCAUAGCAUUCCCACAACCUUCUGUCCCAAUAUGCGGGACUUUCGGAACAGCGAUUGGGUCGGAGGUCACAUGGCCUCUCCGCAAAACUACAAAUGCGACUAUGAAAGGUUCGUCGAGACAUACAAGUUCCCCAAUAUAAUACCCAUCAGUCGGGGUCUCAAAAAUCACCUUUGGAGACGUUUGGAAAAAUAUGUCGAGGAGCUGGCGAAAAGAUAUGGUUCAGUAUACGUAUACACCGGUCCUCUAUUCAUGCCCCAGAGGAUUUCUUUCCGAAACUGGGCGGUGCGCCAUCACGUAAUGGGCAUGAAUACUGUCGCAGUGCCAACUCACUUUUUUAAAAUUAUCAUAUGCGAGCAGGAUGGUGAUGACCUGCCCACUAUGGAGGGCUUUGUAGUGCCCAAUGCCGCAGUCGAUAAGGAAAUGGACCUGCGUUCUUUUAUGUCCGAUAUUCGGGAUAUUGAGCAUUUCGCGGGUCUUAAGUUUUAUGAGGGGAAGCAGAACCUAGACGAGUCACCAGCUACCACGUCCGAGGACAACGAUUCAUAAACACUGUUAUCAAAUGACCGUAUACGUUCUUAUUAUUAUUAUAAUAAAAAAUGUCUUAACACGGCUACAUGGGAAACAUAA